AACUAGUUAAACAGUUUGCAGUUAUUUUGAGAAGAGAAAAAUACCCAAGUGAGACUUCUUCCAUAAUUUUUUAUCUAUCCGGAACGCAAAUCUCGCGAGAGUUCACCCAGGUCCCCGAUACUCUCGCGUGUCUUGGAGAUACACGUUAAGCGCCUCAAGUCUCCAAAAUACGUCUGGUUUUCUCCUUUAUUCCUCAAAACAAGGCGAACUAAGUCGCUGCCAGAGAUAAAAGGAGACAUGUCCGACAGCGAGGACAGCGACUUCUCCGACAACCAGAGCGAGAGGAGCAGUGAUGGGGAGGCGGAGGAGGACAACGAGGAGGAGACACGAAGUCCCGUGGGCAGCGACAAAGUAGCGGAGGAGGAGGGGGAGGACCUGGACGAUGAGGAGGAGUACGACGAGGAAGAGGAGGAGGACGACGACGAGGAGCGGCCCAGGAAGAAGCCGAAGCACGGAGGCUUCAUCCUGGACGAAGCCGAUGUUGACGACGAAGAUGACGAAGAGGAGCAGUGGGGGGAAGGGGACGAGGACAUCCUGGAGAAAGAAGAGCCAGAAGUUUCCAACAUGGACCACAUGGUUCUGGACGACGACAUGUCGGGGUCCCGGCGGCUGCAGAAUCUCUGGAGAGACUCCAGGGAGGAGGCGCUGGGUGAAUACUACAUGAGGAAAUACGCCAAGUCUUCAGCAGGAGAGCACUACUCCGGCGGCUCAGAGGAGCUCUCUGAUGACAUCACGCAGCAGCAGCUUCUCCCCGGGGUCAAGGAUCCCAAUCUGUGGACGGUCAAGUGCAAGAUCGGGGAGGAGCGAGCGACGGCCAUCGCCCUCAUGAGGAAGUUCAUCGCCUACCAGUUCACCGACACGCCUCUCCAGAUCAAGUCGGUGGUGGCGCCGGACCACGUCAAGGGCUACAUCUACGUGGAGUCGUACAAGCAGACGCACGUGAAGUCGGCCAUCGAAGGCAUCGGCAACCUGAGGAUGGGCUUCUGGAACCAGCAGAUGGUUCCCAUCAAGGAGAUGACGGACGUGCUGAAGGUGGUGAAGGAGGUGACCAACCUGAAGCCCAAGUCCUGGGUCCGGCUGAAGAGAGGCCUGUACAAGGACGACAUCGCCCAGGUGGACUACGUGGAGCCGAGCCAGAACACCAUCUCUCUGAAGAUGAUCCCCCGCAUCGACCUUGACCGGAUCAAGGCCAAGAUGAGCCUGAAAGACUGGUUCGCCAAGAGGAAGAAGUUCAAGAGACCCGGGCAGCGGCUGUUCGAUGCCGAGAAGAUCAGGUCUCUGGGCGGGGAGGUGAGCCACGACGGAGACUUCAUGAUCUUCGAGGGAAACCGCUACAGCCGCAAGGGCUUCCUGUUCAAGAGCUUCGCCAUGUCGGCCGUGAUCACAGACGGGGUGAAGCCCACGCUGUCGGAGCUGGAGAAGUUCGAGGACCAGCCGGAGGGCAUCGACCUGGAGGUGGUGACGGAGUCAGGUAAGGAGCGGGAACACAACCUGCAGGCCGGAGACAACGUGGAGGUUUGUGAGGGAGAGCUGAUCAACCUGCAGGGGAAGAUCCUGAGUGUGGACGGAAACAAGAUCACCAUCAUGCCCAAACACGAGGACCUGAAGGACCCCCUGGAGUUCCCGGCCCACGAGCUGAGGAAGUAUUUCCGGAUGGGCGACCACGUGAAGGUGAUCGCCGGGCGGUACGAGGGCGACACCGGCCUCAUCGUCCGGGUGGAGGAGAACUUCGUCAUCCUCUUCUCCGACCUCACCAUGCACGAGCUGAAGGUGCUGCCCCGGGACCUGCAGCUCUGCUCGGAGACGGCGUCGGGCGUGGACGCGGGCGGGCAGCACGAGUGGGGCGAGCUGGUGCAGCUGGACCCCCAGACGGUAGGCGUGAUCGUGCGUCUGGAGCGCGAGACGUUCCAGGUGCUGAACAUGCACGGCAAAGUGCUGACGGUGCGACACCAGGCCGUCAACCGCCGCAAGGACAACCGCUUCGCCGUGGCGCUGGACUCAGAGCAGAACAACAUCCACGUCAAGGACAUCGUCAAGGUCAUCGACGGCCCACACUCGGGCCGCGAGGGCGAGAUCCGACACCUGUUCCGGGGCUUCGCCUUCCUGCACUGCAAGAAGCUGGUGGAGAACGGAGGCAUGUUCGUCUGCAAGACCCGGCACCUGGUGCUGGCCGGAGGAUCCAAGCCGAGAGACGUGACCAACUUCACGGUGGGAGGCUUCGCCCCGAUGAGCCCGCGCAUCAGCAGCCCCAUGCACCACGGGGGCGGAGGAGCCCAGCAGAGAGGAGGAGGAGGAGGAGGAGGAGGAGGAGGCGGUGGGGGCGGAAUGGGGCGGGGCCGAGGGCGGAGAGACAACGAGCUGAUUGGUCAGACGGUUCGGAUCUGCCAGGGUCCCUACAAAGGCUACAUCGGGGUGGUGAAAGACGCCACCGAGUCGACGGCCCGUGUGGAGCUUCACUCCACCUGCCAGACCAUCUCCGUGGACCGGCAGAGAUUAACCACCAUGGGGGCCAAGAGGGACGCGGGGAUGACGUCCACCCACCGCCGCACGCCCAUGUACGGCUCCCAGACGCCCAUGUACGGAACCGGGUCCCGGACACCCAUGUACGGGUCGCAGACGCCGCUGCACGACGGAAGUCGUACGCCUCACUACGGCUCCCAGACCCCGCUGCAUGAUGGGAGCAGAACGCCGGGUCAAAGUGGAGCCUGGGACCCCAGUAACCCCAACACACCUUCAAGGAACGAUGAGGAGUACGACUUCGGCUUCGACGACGAGCCGUCUCCGUCCCCGCAGGGCUACGGCGGGACGCCCAACCCCCAGACCCCCGGUUACCCAGAAGUCCCGUCACCGCAGGUCAACCCCCAGUACAACCCGCAGACGCCCGGCACGCCGGCCAUGUACAACACGGAGCAGUACUCACCCUACACGGCCCCGUCGCCCCAGGGCUCCUACCAGCCCAGCCCCAGCCCCCAGAGCUACCACCAGGUGGUGCCGUCCCCGGUGGGCUACCAGAACACACACUCGCCCGCCAGCUACCACCCCACGCCCUCCCCCAUGGCCUACCAGGCCAGUCCCAGCCCCAGCCCGGUGGGCUACAGCCCCAUGACGCCCGGAGCCCCGUCCCCCGGGGGUUACAACCCUCACACGCCCGGCUCCAACAUCGAGCAAGGCAGCAGCGACUGGGUCACCACCGACAUCCUGGUCCGGGUCAAGGACUCCUUCAUGGACCUGAUGGGCCAGAUGGGCGUCAUCCGCAGCGUCACGGGCGGCAUGUGCUCCGUGUUCAUGCAGGAGUCGGAGAAGGUGGUGAGCAUCAGCAGCGACCACCUGGAGCCCGUCACCCCGACCAAGAACAACAAGGUGAAGGUGAUUCUGGGCGAGGACCGCGAGGCCACCGGGAUCCUGCUCAGCAUAGACGGAGACGACGGCAUCGUCCGCAUGGAGCUGGACGACCAGCUGAAGAUCCUCAACCUGCGGUUCCUGGGCCGGCUGGAGCACUGAGGGGGGACCGGGGGUUCUGGACCGACCCAGGAGGACCCGGGGGGACCCGGGGGGACCUGGGAACCGGGUCCAGUCCGUCCGGUUCCUGCUCAGUUUUAUUUUCUACUUUUAUUUUCUGUCUGUUUUUGUGCUUCUCUUUGUUCUGAGGACGGUCGGGUUCUGGGCGGGUUCUGGUUCUGGGGGGUUUUAGGUUCUGGGUUCAAACCAUCAUGUCAAUAAACUGUGAACCGCU